AUGGCAGAAAUCGAAAAAACCAAAAACUUUGCUGAAAGUACUUUCACAAAUAAAACUACUACUAGUAGUCAACAACCAUUAUCACGAGGAAAAUCUGUAGUUGGUCCACGACCGUUGCCCACAUCCACAAAUUCAAAUAUAACGAGACGAAGUAGUAACAGCAGCACUAGCAAUAGCGAUAAUAACAGUAUCACUAAUAAAUCGUCAAAUAUUGUUAAUAAUACCUCUGAACAAUCAAGAUCUGUUAAUCCAGACGCCGCCUCAACCUUUCCAAAACUCGUAUCCCCUACACCACAUAAACCUAUGCCAACUGUACAGAAUGACAUUUCUCGUGCGUUAGAAAGUCAAACGGCGCAACAAGAAACUGAUAAUAGUCAAACCAAUCAAGAUCAAACUAAUAUUAACAGAACUAAUAGCAUUAGUGACACACGAUAUCCUUCUUCGGAUAAUGAAAGUUGGUACGCAGGAGAUGAAAAAAAUUUAACUGUUAUUGACGUUGAUCGACAACAAAAACAGCUUACACAAUCGAGACCGACACCUAUACAAUACCCUUCACCCUAUAAUAAACCAGGUCGUGCAUCGGAGGAUAUAACGCGGACGACUCCGAUGUUAUAUUCUGAACAAAGAGGACAUUCAAGUGCUCCAACUUCACCAAUCGCUCCGAUAGUAAAUAUUCAAGAACAUUAUCAAUAUAAUAAUAAUGGAGAAGGAAGUGGACCAAUGUUGUCUCAUUCUCAGUCAUGGAAUAACAUGGCUAUUGCUGGUGCUGGACAAGGUCAAAUUAUUCAACCAAAUAAUUUUUAUGCAUUAAAUAAUCAAAACCAUUGGAAUGCACCAAAUGGACAACAAUAUGAUCAAAAUGGACGUCCAAUUUCUUAUGUUGCAGGAGGAAUACCACUGCAGCAACCUCCAUCCAAUUACUAUCCACGUAAUCCUUCGCCAUUGGGCUCUGCACGUCAACCUUCUCCACAGUUUGGUCCUGACGGCACGCCUCUACCUCCAAACCUGGGAGGGACUCGACAAAGUUUUUAUGGACCUGGAGCUAUGCCACGAAGAUCCCCAAGCCCCAACCCCGAUUAUCGUUUAUCGAGAUCUCCAAAUACCAGUAAUCUUCGUUUACUUAUCGAUGACAAAAAUGCAAAACGUAUGACAUUUACUUCUUUUACGCUCGCAAGUGACGAUACAGCGCUUCAAAAGUACCGUGAAACGGCAUCAAAGACAAAUGAUCCGCUCGUCCAAGUAGAUUAUGCCAAAUUUCUGAUUGGGAUGACGAACUUUUAUUUUGCGUCCAAUACCAAUCAGGAAAUCGAUCCAAACAAAACAGACAUGUAUACUAAACUUGUUAACGAGGCUGUUUAUUGGAUUGAUAAACUUGCGAAAAAUAAUCAACCGGAAGCCAUGUACAUUAAGGGUACUUGGUAUGAAAGCGGGAAAUUUACAAAGGAGCAAAAUCAUGAAAAAGCUUUAAAAUAUUACUCGUCGGCGUCGAAACAGGAUCAUCCAAAAGCUAAUACUAAAGUUGGUGAACAUUACGAACGGCAAAGAAAUUUUAGUCGUGCAAUAUCGUUCUUUCAGAAAGCCGCAUCUCUGGGCGAUGUUUCUGCAUUAUAUCGGCUAGCAUUAAUAUAUAUGCUAGGUGACAUGAGACAAGAAGUCAAUUACAAACAAGCGAUGAUCUACCUAAAACAAGCAGCCAGCAAGGCAGACGAAGACUGUCCUGAAGGUGCAUUCGUCUACGGAAUGAUUCUUGCCAAAGAGUAUCAAGCAGCUAAUGUGCCCGACGAAUUAGUCGUACCCGACGAACACGAGGCCAAAGAACUGAUCCAAAAAGCCGCAAACUUUGGCUACGCACCCGCCCUCUACAAAAUGGGUCACUGUCACGAAUAUGCGGCACUUGGAUGUCCAUACGACCCGGAGCUUUCUGUCUCGUAUUAUGAACGUGCCGCCAAUAAAGGGUACGUAGAGGCAAACAUGGCACUGAGUAAGUGGUAUUUGUGUGGCGCUGAAGGAUAUUUCGAUCAGAAUGAGAUGUUGGCGUAUAUGCAUGCUGAGAUAGCCGCGAAGAAAGGGUUGGCGGCUGCCGAGUUUGCGAUGGGGUAUUUCCAUGAAGUGGGGAUUAAUACGCAAGUGGAUCCUAAAACUGCUAAUGAAUGGUAUUCAAAGGCCGCUGUACAUGGUAACCAAGAUGCCAUUGAAAGAUUAUCACGUGGUGGAACGAUAACACGCCAAGAACACGAUAAUACUGUCCAAACAAAGUUAAAGAAGCAGCGAAAACCGGAUAAGGAUAAAGAUUGUGUUAUUCAGUAA